UUUCCAUGGCAACAAUGUUAGCUUUCUAUGAAGAAGGCGAGGCUACCAAGCAACAAGAAUGACAACAAAAAUAUAUUAUUAAAAGAACAACAAAUAAAAUAAAAUUAAUUUUAAAUGAGUUCGAUCUUUUAUCAACCUAAGAUGAAUGAGGAUAAUAAAUUACUACCUGGUGAUGUACAAAAAUAAAGAAAAAUGCAAAAGGUUUAGCUGAAUAUACAGAAUGAUGGAACCUUACUUCGAUAAUUCCACAGCCAUUUCUGAACUAAGCAUACACAAUGCUCCUCAACUACGCUGUAAUGGAGAAAAAUUUACCACAUGUGGAAAAUGUGAAUCUUGUGAGCUUGGUAGCCAACUUCUUUACACGAAAGAAUGGUUUCCACGCUGCUCUGAACAGACACAAAGACAAUUCGUAUUAGGAUUGGUUCAUAGAUAUAACUCCAUAGAUCUACACGAGUACACAAAUCAUUUACUAAACACCUUAGAAGGAAAAGAUUUUAUUUAUUCGAGGUCAAGAAAUAGACCAAGUUUAAAGGAAGAUAUGUCUGGCGCGGUUUCAAACCAUGCUCUCAACAGGAGCCAGUUAAAGAAAGAUAUUUUAGACUGUUUGAAUUGGUUUGAAUCAAGUUCUUAUUGGACCAAAUGUAACUUUAUGUUAGGUCUUUUGCAGUCAUGUAAUGCACAAUUAUUGCAUAUUAUUGGCAAUGAAUCACGAAGCUUUUGCCUGGUUCAUGAUGAUCAAUAUCUAUCUGAGACAGAAAGCAAAUAUGUUGAAGAUAUAGAUGAAAGCAGUAACCAAAAUGAUGGGACAUCAUUAAAAGUGACAUUCAGUUCAAUCUAUAAAACCUCAUCAAAUCCUCCUACUCCUGAUGUGACAUUGAACAGACCAAAACAGAAAGCUGCAAGCCUUGCUUCAUCUGAUGUCAAAACAAAACUUUCUCAGGUUGAAGGAUCAAUUCUGACAUCUCUGAGAGGCACUAGACCUGCAUCUGGUUCAGUAAAAAACAGAAAUUUAAAUACCUGUGAUGAUGUAUUAACAGAUUUACCCAAUGAUGAAUUAUAUGAAGAUGAUUACAUCUCUGUUGAGCCAUCAAGUAUAACAGACUUGCAACUGUCAUCAUCUUGUCUUUUACUGCUGCACCACAAGGACUUCAUACGUUGUCUUCCAGUGCAUCUCUCAAAACUGAUUCUCAGCUACUUAGACAAAGCAAGUUUGAUCAACUGUUUGUGCAUCAGUAAACAUUGGCGGAUAUUAUGUGAAGAGGUUCAGCAAGACGUGUUUGUGCAUCAAAUCAUGAUGGAAGAAGUUAUGAUGAUGCAGGGUGCAACAGCCAAAGGUCUGAGUCCAAAAUAUGCUAUGAAGUUGAAUGUUUGCAUUCCAAUGCACAAGGAUGAGUCACAAAAUGAAGAAGUUCUUGCUCAUUCAUUCUCAAUGUUAAGAUGCCGGGAAGAUGAGCUGCAAUUCAGGAGCAUGUCUUACUGCUAUGAAGGAAUUGAAACAGUGAAAGUAGAAAUGGAAGAAAGAAAUUUAUUUUGUGGGGCAUAUAAUGUGUUUGUAUUACAAGAUUCAGAAGAUCCUAACAGAUGUACAACAUACAACGGAGGAAGUAUGGUGGCAGUUGGGUCAUCUGAUCGAAGAGUACGGCUUGUAAAUGCCAGUACAGGACGAACUGAAAAGAUUAUCAAAGGUCAUUCAGGAUCUGUGAGAAGCUUGCUUAUUAAUGAAAAACGUGGUUUUGUUUUGAGUGGAAGCUAUGAUACUUCAAUCAGGUGUUGGGGUAUCCGUGAUGGAAAAUGUAGCUGCAUAUUUCGAGGCCACAAAGGAACAAUUUUGUGUCUUGCACUAUCUGGUAAUAGUCUAGCUUCUGGCUCAAGAGACAAAAGUGUGAAAGUUUGGAACUUUGAGACAGGAAAAUGUAGACGAACAUUUAGACAUAGACAUGUAGUUCUUUGUGUAGAUAUAUCUGAUAAUCUUGUUGUCAGUGGUUGUGAAGGAUGGAAAGUUAAAGUUUGGGACAUUGAGUCAGCAACUUUAGUCAAGAGUCUUGAGGGACAUCAGGCUCCAGUCAGUGGAGUGACAUUUAAUAAGUAUCAUAUUGUUAGCGCAAGUACUGACUGCUAUGCACUAGCCUGGAGUACAAUUGGCAAUCACACAAAGUGUCUGCAGGCAUUCCGACAUCCCAAAGCUGUUGAUUGUAUCAAAUUAGUCUAUUGUCGAGUCAUCACAGGGGCAGCUGAUGGCAAGUUAAGAAUCUGGAGUCUCCUGACUGGUGACUGUUUACGCAUUAUCCGUGGAAAUAGCAAGAAUGAUGUUAUCACCAGCUUGUAUGUCGCAGAUAACAGAAUUGUGAUAAACACUCUUAGUAACCUUCUGGUGUUGAAUUUUGAGGCAGUCAUUUGGAAUUACAAUCUUCCUCCUGAUCGUCCAGAGUCAUUAGGAACACUUAAUAACUUUGCAAGUUCUCCAGCUCAGCCUAGGCCUCAUUCAUACAUUCGAGCCCAAAAACUAGCACGAGGUGCACACAUGGAUAAACUCAUUCAACGUGCUGCUUCUACACCCUCAUUCAACACACUGCUUGAAAGAUCCGUGAGCAUGACACCAUUCAGUUUACAGCGGAAGUCACGUGUAUCAAGUGCACCUGUCAAUGUGACAAGGCAGGUCUCUCAUAGUAUUGAACAGCAUGUGUUAAGAUUACAUCAAGCUAGGCAGCAUACUGGUAACAAGGUUGAGCGUCAGGUUAAAUCACGCCCUCAAUCAUCACCAGCCCAUCUAAGAACAUAUGCCAACAAAACAACAAAUAACUCAAGUGUCCUGCCAUUGGAAGGUUGUUUCUUUGAUAAAGAAAGAAUGAGAACUCCAGGACAUAGUUUGGGUAGCAGGCUAAGUCACCAUAACACAAGAAGACAUUAUACAGCAGCGACAGAAUUCAAUAGCAAACAUCAUGGUUGGACAACGUCUGCUGAUGACGUUGUGUUGGCUCAAAAUAAACUAAUGCCAACAGCAGAACAAACAAGGGAACAUGUGAAACGAAGACCACAGACUGCUGACUUCGUCAAAGUGAAAAAUGUGGACUCUACAAUGCACCAAACUUCAAGUAUGAUUCCACAAACAACUUCAGGUUUAAAUCUUCGAACAUACAGUGAACAGUUAGAAGCAAAGGCCACAAAUCAAACAGGCUGGCCAAGGAAAAAACAUACAAUUAACAAGACAAAACGACCUUUGUCCUGUUUCACAUGAUGUACAUAUUAAAAUAGUCUAAUUUUAGAGCUAAUCUGGUGUAGGAUGAACAUUAAUAAUGUGAUUUUGUAUGUUUAAUUGUUUU